GACUUCGCCAGAAGGGACAAGAAGAGAGAAGUUUCGAGUUCGGCGGCCCAUGACCGCAUGGCGGAAGGGGAAGAUGCUCAAUGACAAUGAACACGGAGUCCCAAGUGGUCCAAAUCCCAUCUCCAAUAGGCCAUUAAGCAAAAUGAAACAAAAGACAAGAAUCUUGAGAUAUAGAAGAGCUAACGUGGGUGGAUCCACACACUUAGAGCACUUGCAACGGGGGAUGACAUCGAGUCCGUUAGCCAGCAUCUUGACGGACCCGGUCCGUGGGCGACGUGGCGGAGAGAGAUUGGACGGAGGAGCGUUUGUGUUUGGUAAUGGGGAAAAAAAAAUUCAUUUCGACGAAAGCAAAGAAAAAAAAAACCUCUCAACUCUCUAGGGCGAUUUGUCGGAUUCCACCGUCGCGAUUCAACUCCGUGUGAUCCUCAAGGUAAGUCGAAGCGUUUUCUUCUAUAUUAAUCGAGCUAGAUUGUUUCCAUUUAUAUUCAAUCGAGUUGGGAUCGUUUGUAUCAAAAUUAGGGUUCGCAAAAAAGCUGCGAUUUGGGGAUUUUUUAUAUUAGGGUUUGAAAACCCUUUUGGGUCUCGGUCGCUUUAGGGGUUUGAAAACCCUUUUGGGUCUCGGUCGCUUUAGGGAUUUGAAAACCCUUUUGGGUCUCGAUCGAUUUUGGGGAUUUGAAAACCCUUUUCGGGUGUCGAUCGAAUUAUGGAUUUGAAAAUUGUGCAUUUUUCCCAUUCGAUUUAGGGUUGCCGCUCUAUUUAGUGUUGAUAAGUUCGUCUUUCUUAUUGUUUAUCAACAUUAGUGCUAAUCUUUGCUUUUUGCUUGUCUCUUUCUUUGCAGGUUAACAAAAAUGGGAAGGUAUAGCUAUAGCCAGCCGUCCUCAUCAUCAGCGUCCGUCGACAUCACCUCACUUCUCGAAGCUGAAGCUCAGAUCUACGCCGAUGAAGCUCAGAGUAGCUUCGGUAAUGGAGAGCCGUUUCAGAACCAACCUCAACCUGAGGGGGAUGAUGGCAUCCCGACGAUCUGCUACUGUGGGAGUGAGCCGGUUGUUGCUACAGCCUACACGAAAAAAGAUCCAGGCCGUAGGUAUUUCACCUGCAACAAUGUCGUUGAUGGAGCCACUCACAUCUGGAAGUGGUUGGAUGACGCGGUCUUGGAGGAGAUGAGGGACUUUCAGACGGAGAUAAGAAGGCUUAAGGAAGCAGUUGCAGAGAGAGAGCAGAAGCUGCUGCUGCUAGAGAAGACUUUGUACGACGCAGGAAAGGAAACCACACGAGUUAAGCUAAUGGUGUGCCUGCUAGUGGUCAUAGGUUUGGUAAUCUUGGUUCUACAUGGUAAGCUCUUGACUUAUUUGUAUUUCAUUUUCAGUUUAUGCGUUUGUAUUAAAACAUUUGACUGCCUCAUGUUACUUAUUUGCAGGAGUAGCUGCGAAGGCUUCAAUGGGGACUAUUCUAUCACAUGUCCAAUGGCGAAAAAAGUAAAGGUACUCUGCUUUUCUUUUCUAUCCGUUAAAAAAAAAUUCAAAUAGGAUUGUAGAUUUAUUGAAUGGUUUUUGUAGGUAGAUAAAAACCAGUGUGAUUUGAUUGGUUUUAAAUGUUCUACGUUUAAAUUGCUGUAUAAUUGAAUGGUGUUUGGUUAAAUAGCUGUUAUAGUACAUAGGAUUUAAUUAGACAACCUAAAUAACUAGGACUGUAUUAAUAAAUGCUACUGAUAUUUGUUAAUUGCUUUUAGUUUGCUUCCUAUCUUCCAAACUGCUCAGAUUUGAUAGGGUGUUAUUGUAUAAUAAAUUAGAACUUGUAUUACUUAAGGCUCUGUGUAACUACUUGAGUAACACAGAGCAUUUUUAGAGCAUGUCGGGUUAUAGACACCUUCUGUUCAGUCAAAUGCCAGUAGAUCUUGAAUCACCCGAGCCUUUUUGGCUUGGGUCUCAAACUCCUGAUGAUUCUCCUAGCGAAAUCUCUCCUGAGUGUCCUAGCCAAAUCCCUCCUGAGUGUCCUAGUCAAGUCCCUGGUCAGUCUCGUAGGCAAGUCCCUGGUCAGUCUCGUAGGCAAGUCCCUGAGGAGUCUGUUAAGACCUUUCCAGAUAGAAGGAAAUAUACACCCAAAGAGGAUAGGAUCCUUAUUGGUGCUUGGCUUAACACCAGUAAGGACCCUCUCGUAGGCAACGAGCAGAGAGCUGUUGCUUUCUGGAAGCGUAUUGUAGACUACUACAACGCCAGCCCUCAGCUCGUUGGGGAAGUACCGCGGGAGGUUACUUCUUGUAAGCAGAGGUGGUCUAGGAUCAAUCAUGAAGUAUCCAGAUUCACUGGUUGCUACAACCAGGCGCUGAGGGAGCAGAGAAGCGGCCAAAAUGAUGAUGAUGUGAUCAAAGCUGCUUACGACAUAUUCUUCACCAAGUACGAUACCAAGUUCACACUCGAUCACUGCUGGAGAGAGCUCAGGCAUGAGCAGAAAUGGGCCUCCACAUAUAUGGCUAAGGAUGGUGGAAAGGAAAAGCGGAGGCCGGUGGUGGAUCUUGACGGACCAGAAGAAAAUGUUGUUGGAGAAGAUGAGGAUAGACCCGUCGGGGUAAAGGCUGCGAAAGGUGCCAGUAAGAAGAAGAAGAGUGGUCGAGAUGAGGAGUUGUCUAAGCUACAAGGCGUUUUGGAACUUAAGGAAAAACUUUCUAGAAAUAAAGUCCUUGAUCGCUUGCUGGCCAAGAAAGAGCCAUUGUCUGAGAUUGAAACAACACUAAAAAUGAAGCUUAUGUCUGAAAUGUUAUGAUGUGUACUGUGUGUUCUUUGAGGUCACUUGUAGGAAAAGUUAGUACUUGUUGUGUGAUGUGUGUACUUGCUUAGUUGUUACAGCUAAACUAACCAUUUUUUAAACGUGUUGUUGCAGGUAGUUCUUUGAGGUCACGGGAGUUGUCACGGGUGGAUUUAGAGUACUGAGAGCAUUUUGGCAUGUAGCUCCUGCUCAUAAGUCACGGGUUUUCCCUUCUUGUAGUAUAAGUACUCGGAUAUGUAUGUCUUUCUCCUCAACAUCAAAAACCUUAUCAUCAAAACCUUUGUAAUAUUUUGGAACGAAAACCAUUGUAAUAUUUGUCUGCUACUUGCUUCUCUCAAUCCUUUGUAUCCAUCUCAUCAACUUGCUUCUCUGUACCAUAACCAUAAUCAGGAUAAGCAAUGUCGUCAUCUUCAUCUGAUGAAAAUGAUGAAAUCGAGGAGAGAUUGGAUGAUAUUAUCGAAGAUUUCAUUGACGAAAUUUACGACGAUAUAGUGGAGGCCGAACCCAUACCGCAAAGAACCCGUAGCUAUACUGAACGACACCGCGAAGGAGGACAGCACCAGCUAAGCAAUGACUACUUCAACGACGACCAUUCGACAUAUUCGAUACAAACUUUCAGACGCCGAUUCCGCAUGAAUAAGGGAUUAUUCAUGCGUAUUGUCGAUGGCCUUGAACAAUUCUUUCCAUUCUUUCAGCAAAGAAAAGAUGCAACGGGGAGGUGGGGUCUUACUGCACUACAAAAAUGCACGGCAGCAAUUCGUCUACUUGCUUAUGGAAAUUCGGCUGACACGGUUGACGAAUAUCUCCGACUUGGUGAGAGCACUGCACUUUCUUGUUUACAUCAUUUCACUGAUGGGAUAAUACAGUUAUUCGGAGAUGAGUAUCUGCGACCACCCACAGCAGAGGAUCUUCAACGACUACUCGAUAUGGGAGAGAAACGAGGGUUUCCUGGGAUGGUCGGGAGCAUUGACUGUAUGCACUGGGAGUGGAAAAAUUGUCCAACCGCUUGGAAAGGACAGUACGCCCGUGGCCACGGAAAACCGACUAUUGUUCUAGAGGCCGUAGCUUCACAAGAUCUUUGGAUUUGGCACGCAUUUUUUGGUCUUCCAGGUACCUUAAAUGAUCUUAAUGUCCUCGAUCGAUCUCCUGUGUUUGAUGACCUUUUAGAAGGUCGAGCUCCCAGUGUGAGGUACAUGGUCAACAACCACAUGUAUAAGUUGGCAUAUUACCUCACAGAUGGUAUAUAUCCAAAAUGGUCAACAUUUAUCCAAACUAUCGCACUCCCUCAAAGUCCUAAACAACAGUUAUUUGCUCAAGUUCAAGAAUCAGUCCGAAAAGAUGUCGAACGGGCUUUUGGAGUAUUGCAAGCUCGGUUUGCGAUUGUGAAAAACCCGGUUCGUACAAUGGCCAAAGAGAAGAUAGGGAAGAUAAUGAGAGCAUGUAUCAUACUACACAAUAUGAUAGUUGAAGAUGAACGAGAUGGUUAUUCAAUGCGGUACGAUAUUUCAGAAUUUGAAGAAGGAGAAUCUUCCAGAACUUCGGAGGUCCUAAACGCAAACCCUACACUAAACGAAAUCCCGACAAUUCUCAAUAAUAUAUUUCCCAACCGAAAUGAUCUUCGUGAUAGGCAAACUCAUGAACGAUUGAAGAAUGAUUUGAUCGAAAACAUUUGGAAUAAAUUUGGCGAUGAAGAUUAAUAAUUAGUAUCUUUAUAUUUAAACCUUGUAUCUUUUAAUCCUUGUAUCUUUAAAUUGAAUCCUUGUACCUUUUAUUUUAAUUAUGCAAUUAAUAAAUUUUCAAUUUCAAUUUUUUAAAAAAAAAAUAAUAAUAUUUUAAUGUUAAGGACUCCGUCUUCGGGAUCACCAUUGAACGAGCUUUUUGGACUCGAGUCCUUCACUGUUCAAACAAAAACAAAAAGCAAAAAAAUUUAUAAUAAACAAUUCCCAAGGAUCCCAAUGUGGGGAUGACCAUUGCAAGUGCUCUUAUUGACUUAUUUCCCAGCCGGUUCAAUUAUUAAUUUAGAAAAUACUAGCGCAAUAUGUAUAAAAGUCUUUGGGUCAUGCUUGUCGCAUCUAAUAAUCACAAACCAACCAUAUAAAAUGUGGAUUUUGCAUAGUUAUAACUUAUAAAUAUAGUACUUGGUGAGUUCAGAGGCACAUGCCUCCGCGAACCUGCAUUGGCUGUGUGUCAACGAAAGCUAAGUGAUGAUGAGUAGUACUGAAAAGUAUACUUUUGUUUGGGUAAUAAUCAUAUUGCAGAUUAUAGGUAAUGAUGAACAAACCCAAUGCACUUCUAAUUCUUUGCUUUAAACUAGUUUAGAAAUUCGUCAAAUUAGACAGAGUUCAUUAUAGUCUUUUUCGCUUCAGUUUACUCGGUACGAUUACUCUAGUUUGCUAGAAACUUACUGAGCGAAGUAAACUUAUCUCGAUUUGGUUUGAUAUUUGAUUUUUUCUUUAUUGUAAUACAGUCUGGAUUAUUCUUACACACCACCAAACAGUAGUUACUGCACAUGAAUUUGUCAUUAUAUUCUUCAAAACUAUGUACUGCAUGCUAAAAAGGCAAAAUAAAACUGGAAAAGAAAAAGAUGAAAGUGGCAAAAUGAAAUAAAAAUGAAAUCUAUAAACGGUAUAGUUUUUGCGUGUAAAGGAGGAGAAGACAGACCUGGCAUCCAAAGCUGCGUUGAACCAUCAUUUUCUUACUUUCCCCCAUCGUAUUACAUAUCUUGAUCCUUUAUCCAUUUAAUAGUAACAAACUAAUAGCAUGUUUCUUAUAUUUUUAAAUGAUCGGUUUAUGUAUUUCUAACAUGGACGGAAAUACGUUUGGUUGUAAAGGAU